CGGCGCGGCAUGGGAUGUUCUCCCAAGCAAAUAACCAAGUUUUGAACAGGCAGCAGGACAGGCCCGACUACGGAACAGCAGGCGGACUGGACACAUUGACGACAUUUCUGCUGCUGCUGCUGCCGCCGCGACUGCUGUUGACGGUGCUUGUGGUGCACGCUGCAGGGGAGCGAGCGUCCGCCGUAUGUUGUGCUUGCCGUGUUUGUCCUACCGAUAUGUAACGGGUGCUCGACGGUGGAUGCUCGGAAGUGGGAACAGGUGUUCUUGCUAAGAGUCUUUGGUGAAGGGGUGUGGGAAACUGGUCCGCGAUACUUACUACCGACAUCAGGAGAGAGUGUCAACACCGAGAGAUGAAGACAUCUGAGCAAUGAGCAAGUCGUUACUCGGCAAUAACAAACAUUCGUUAUGGUCAGUCUUUUCUUGUUGUGGAAUCGAAUCGAGUCAAAUUGAGUCGAAAGAAUGGUCCACUCACAAAUGUAAAAGAAUGACUAAUGAAGCCUCUACGUUUGUAAUUCUCCCGUAAUAAAGGGAUUUAACUUGAUGACCAAAGUGCAAUUUGGAGCACCAAUGAUAUUAUAAAGCAGUGUUGAUACUAAUAAGUGAGUGGAGAUUUAAGUCAGCAGCUGGGUAAAAAGAACUCUGCGCUCAAACUUGGCCCUAGCACGAUACCAUUAUGGAGUCUAAUGAUAGAAAGUUAACAGUUUUUGAGAUUCCGGACCUGUUCAAGGUUCCGGACCCAGUAUUUACUUACGAAGAAGCGUGUCGUGACAAGACUAUCGUUGUGGACAAUGGUUCGUACGAAUGUAAGGCGGGGUGGAGUUUUGAUACGAAACCACGAAUGGUUUUCAGAAAUCAUUCAACAAAGGUUCGAGGACAGAAAGGCAGUGAUAUUUAUGUUGGCAACGAUAUCGCUAAUUACGAAGCGUCCGGUUGGAUGCCGAUGAAGAGUCCCUUUGAAAAAAACAUUGUCACACAUCCAGAAAUCCAGGAACACAUCAUGGACCAUAUCUUUACCCAUCUGGGAUUUAGCUCUGAGCAAGACAAGAUCGAUCACCCUAUCGUUAUGACAGAACCACUAUGUAAUCCAAAUUAUUACCGUCAGUUUAUAGCAGAGCUUUUGUUUGAAUGCUACGACGUCCCGUCGGUGAUGUUUGGCAUCGAUUCUGUCCUUAGCCUUGAGUAUAAUAUUCCAGAUGUGCAGGAUGCCCUCGUAAUCGGGCUCGGACAUUCGGUUAGCCAGGUUGUUCCUGUACUUAACGGAGAAAUCGGCUUCAAACAAGCCCGCCGAGUAUCCUACGGAGGGCAAAAUAUCUCCGGGUAUCUGCAGAGGCUACUUCAACUCAAGCAUCCUCAUUUAACGGUGGCUAUCGGCGCAAUUAAGUCAGAGUAUUUAACACAUACAUAUUGUCGGUACGCCCUUGAUUAUGAGGAACAGGUGUUACGCUUUUGCGAUCCAGUUUUCGCCGACGAACACACGAUUCGAGUACAGUUGCCAUUAAAUUCGGUACAAACAUCAACCUCGGCAACAACAACUUCCGGCAAAAUGGACGUGUGUCUUGCUAUUGUACACCGAGUCGAGUGCGUCAUGUCAAGAAGGUAUAAAGCGAAAUGGAUUCAUAGUCAGGAAAAGCUAAAACAGAUGUUGUUAAUUCAGGAGAUCGUAACUGCAGAAGAAGAUAGCCGAAUGCGUGCCAAGCUAAUCACGGAUCUGGGCUUUGAUAGUUUGGACGAAAUAGAGGCAGCGAUUUCCGAACUACAGCAGAAAGUCGAUUUAGUGCUUCAGAGUGAACUGCCACCCGAAGUUGAACUGUGUCAUUUUUCUGAUCCCGACUCGUGGUUAGCUGCCCUCCGGCGAGCGAGGGAAGAUCUGACGUAUAGGAUUUCGCAAGCUGAGUUGAAUAAUCUUCCACAUCAACCGAGUGGUGAAGUUGGAGCAAGGAUUAGUGAUGUUGAUAUGCUCGAUCGCAUCGAACUCAUCAUCUUCGAGACAGAACGAGAAUUCAAACGAAGUACAGUUCUUAAUACUGACAACCUGAAUAGCUCAGCUGGCAUCUCGCAGUUUUAUCAGUUGGUAUUAGGCACUGAACGGUAUCGGGCCCCGGAGGUGCUAUUUCAACCGUCUGCCAUGCUUGGCUUAGACCAAGCCGGAAUUGUGGAAACCAUUGAUCGAGUAUUACAGCAGCUAUCUCCAGAUGAGCAGAAUAAGGUCGCGGAAAGGAUUUUCGUUACUGGAGGACCUGCUACACUUCCCGGGCUCAAAGAACGCUUGGAACGUGAGAUCCGAGCAUUGCGACCGUUUGGAAUUGGUUUCAAUGUAAUUAUGGCAAAAGACGCCGCCCUUGACGCCUGGAAUGGAGCCCGAAUGGUUGCCCUCAAUGAGAGCCUGAAGUCGAUUGCCGUUACGAAAAAGGACUAUGACGAAUUGGGGCCAGAUUACAUCAAAAACUACAAAUGCUCAAAUGUCUAUGCACCGUCACCACUUGUAGUGCGGAUCUAGUUUUCUGUGACGAACUUCGACAACUUAUAAAAUCCAACGAGCAGCAUUAAGCUACUCUUCAUUUUCUCUCAAAAAGACUAUCUAUUGCGUUCAGCAUAGAACUUGUUGAGUAUCUCUUAUUUCAGGACGAUUCUGUGAAUAUACACAUAAUAUAAUGCUAUGCAUUGAAAUCUUUUUGGCGUUAACCAUUCGUGUAUACGGUCAAAGAAUAAAUUUUCAGUGAGUUACAUAUGCA